AUAGUUGUCUCCAUAACUCAGUAAUGACUUCCAAGGCACACAGGAGCAACAUAGGCUGUCCCUGGUUGUUGUUAUGUGCGGUCAUGUUGAUGUUGACGCCAUGAAUGAGAUGGUCAGCAACUACCCAACUCAGGUUUUGCAAUCUCAAAGCUGCUAUGGCUUCCCUGAUGGACCUACUUGUCUCUAUAACUCAAUAAUGUCUUCCAAGGCACACAGAAGCAACAUAGGCUGUCCCUGGUUGUUGUUAUUGGUGGUCAUGUUGAUGAUGACCCCAUGAAUGAGACAGUCAGCACCUACCCAACUCAGGUCUUGUAAUCUCAAAGCUGCUAUGGCUUCCCUGUUGUUAUUUAUGGUCUUGUUGAUGUUGACCCCAUGAAUGAGACGGUCAGCAACUACCCAACUCAGGUCUUGUAAUCUCAAAGCAGCUUUGGCUUCAUUGAUGGACCUUCUCCAAUGUGGUUAUCCUCUUUUCCUACUCAUGAUUGGAUAGAGACUCUCUUCCUAGGCUUCCACACUUUGUUGUUUCUUUGACAUGCCACCCAUGUGGUGCUCACAACCCUAGACCUGAGGAGUAGGCAUGUGCAAAAAAACCUGGAAAACAUCAUAAGUUGGUAUCUCUGAUGGACCUUCUCCAAUGUGGUUCUCCUCUUUACUACUCAUGAUUGGACAGGCACUCUCUCUUCCUAGGCUUCUACACUUUGUUGUUGUUUGUUGUGACAUGCCACUCAUGGGGUGCUCACAACCCUAGACCUGAGAAUAGGCAUGUGCAAAACACCAUGGAAAAAGUCGUAAAUCGGAUUUGUUUCGUAUAAUUCGUACUUACGACAUGACAUCCGACAUGCUCGCAUGGUCCGCACCAAAAUUUAAGAAUCGAAAUUAAUGCAGCAUUGUUUUCUGGAAACAUCACAGAACUCUAGGAAAUGUAGUUUGGGAAGGGAGGAGCCCUAUGCCAGACCCUGCCCUAAACUACAUCUCCCAGAAUGCACUGCUCAGCGUCAGACAGAUUUGCCCCUCCAUAGCCAGCCAGAGUUCCAAUACAUUACGAUUUUUGCUCCUGGGUGGAAACCAUUUAGGAUCCACUACCAGAAGUGGACAAACCGGUUCCAGAAAUGCAUGCCCAGGCGCUCCCCAUUUGCUUGCAAAUCAAGCCGGGGUUUUCCAGGGCGGGGAUUGCGGAGACGUCCUCCUUGCAAGGGUUGGCUUUGAACGUUGUCGUCUCUGGAUUGACCCAUGGAGCUAUGACUAUGAUCUCAUAAGACCAUAGGUAAGCAAAGAGACCUCCAAAGACCAUCUAGAUGGUCUCAUAAGACCAUCAGAAGACCAUAGAUAAGGAAAGGGACCUCAAAGACCAUCUAGAUGGUUUCAUAAGACCAUAAGUAAGGAAAGGUGCCCUCAAAGGCCUUCUAGAUGGUCUCAUAGGACUACAGGUAAGGAAAGUGACCUCCAAAAACCAUCUAGAUGGUCUCAUAGGACUAUAGGUAAGGAAAGUGACUUCCAAAAAUCAUCUAGAUAGUCUCAUAGGACUAUAGGUAAGGAAAGUGACCUCCAAAAGCCUUCUAGAUGGUCUCAUAAGGCCGUAGCUAAGCAAAGAGACCUUCAAAGACCAUCUAGACGAUCUCAUAAGACCAUAGAUAAGCAAAGACACCCCCAAAGACCAGGUAGACUUAGGUCAACUCUUAAGUCUAAAGUUUAGGACAGGAACCUUGAUUUGUAUGCUGCGGUGGUGAGUUAUCUUUAUGUUUCGACCUUGAAAGCAGCCAAACGAGUCGUGCUGCUUUGAGUAAAUAGUUGACACAAGCCGGGUGUGCGUCUUGGUUAACCUCUCCUUGAAGCGCCUUUAGAUCCCGACACAACGCAGCCACAAUGGGAUUCCUCUCCGCGUUGCUGGUCCUCGUUUUGGCGGCUAUCCUCGCCGGGGCGAUUCUGCUGGUCGUGGGCAGCAUCUACUUCGACGCCUGCAAUUCGGAGAUCCCACCCGGGUUGGAACAGCCGGCCAAGUUGCGGAUCAUCCACGCCGUUUUGGUCGGGUCGUCAGUCCUGGGAAGGAUUUUGGAGAACCUGCACAUCUGCACCCAAAUCCAGUUUGUCCGGUUGGUUAGGAAUGGAUGGAAGCACACCGGGGACUCUGCGCUCUUUUCUAAGGACGUGAAGUUCGGUCAAAUCCCCGUCCGCAUUUACCAGCCCAAAGCGCCCUCUGCUGGACGCAGGAAGGGCCUCGUUUAUUUCCACGGUGGCGGAUUCGUGUUCGGAAGCAUCCAAAGCCACGAAAACAUCUGCCGCUACAUUGCCAGGGAAAGUGAAUCGGUGGUUGCGUCUGUGGAGUAUCGCUUGGCUCCUGAACAUGUCUAUCCCGCUGCAUUGAAUGACUGCCUUGCAGCCGCCACUCACUUCCUCAAAGCUGCCAAUGAUUUUGGAGUGGAUCCCACCCGCGUCAUCAUUGCCGGAGACAGCGCCGGCGGCCUCCUCGCCGCGGUUGUUUGCCAGACCCUCGCAACGAAACCGGACCUCCCCAAGUUGCGGGCGCAAAUCCUCCUGUAUCCUGGUCUCCAGGCUUUGGACUUCGAUUUGCCUUCCUACCAUCAAAACCGAGCCGUACCACUUUUGUUCCGGGAACGGUCCGCCUUCUACAUUUUGCAGUACUUGAACGGGAACGCUGCUCACCUCGAGGAAGUCUUGGAAGGCUCUCACGUCCCUACGAAUGUCCGGUUGCAGUACCGGAAAUUUCUGAGCGCGGAGAACAUCCCGAAAGAGUUUAAGACCCGGGGAUACAUGCCUGUCGUUCAUGUCACUGGGGACGAUGAUAUCUCUGAGGGCUUGUCGAGCCUGAGCUCCCCGGAGUGCUCUCCGCUCGUGGCCGAAGACGUGGCCCUUCGCCGUCUCCCUGAGACGUUCCUCUUAACCUGCGAAUACGACGUCUUGCGGGAUGACGGGUUGCUCUACAAGAAAAGGCUGGAGGAUAACGGUGUAGCGGUGACGUGGUACCACGUCUCCAACGGAUUCCACGGCAUCUUAAACUUCUUUGACGGAGCCUGGCUCCGUUUCCCAUCUGGGAAGAAAGGGAUGGAUGCGGUCGUCAACUUUGUAAGAAGUCUCUAACCAAGGAACUUUGACGUCCUCUUGAAGCAGUACCAAAAAUUACAAUUAAUUCCUUCUUUAGCCAUUUUAAUCUUAUGUCUCCAAAAUUUAAUAGAAGUGCUAUAUCGACAGUGUAUCAUAAAUUCCAACAAAUAUUUUAUCCCUAUUUUUAAAAAAUCUUUUCACA